AUGAAGAGAUCAUGCCUCAACGACAAUAAUCUCUUCAAUUUCGGCGAUGACUGGCAGCUUAAUUGCGAGGUCCUACACGAGAUUGCUGGCCCAGUGGCAUUAAGUGAGAGACGGUACACAUCUCCCGAUAAAAGCCGGGAUAAGAUUAUUGAGGAUCAUGCGAGUAGUCUGCACAAGGUCGUUGCCGAAGUCUAUCUUCUCAUCGCGGAUCAGGAAGCCUUCCAAACUAAGCGACUUCGGCUGCUCUAUUUGGCUCGUGUCGACCUCCUGAUUGGCAGAUACUAUACGAUAUUAUCAGAGCCUUAUACGAACCCCGUUGAUCCUUACGGGUUUUCUACUGCUAGUGAAAAGUAUCAGGUCGGUCAAUGGGGAAUCGGGAAAGGACUAUCAGUUGUCCGAGCAUGGAAGGGUGGCUUACAGGCUUGGAACAAUCUUGAGUAG